GGUAUCUCCUUUACAUUUGCAAGCAAAAAGAAAAUAAUAUCAAGAACAAAUUUCUCAACAAUGGUUGCUGCUCUCAAAAUCUUUUAUGCAAUUCUCAUAUUCAGUCAUCUUGGAAAGGGAUUUGGUGGAUAUUGUUCCAUUCAUAGCCUUAAAUUAACUCAAAGUAUGACAGGAGUAGUGAUGGGAAGGAAACUUGAGUAUGUGGUGACUGUAACUAAUGAGUGCAAAUGUGAACAAGGAAAUAUUAAACUCUACUGCAAAGGGUUCCAGACAGCUGAGAGCAUUGAUCCUUUCUUGUUCAAACAUGAUAACCAAGAUAGCACCAAAUGCAUCCUCCUCAAUGGAGAACCCAUUGGUGAACACCAAACAACUUACUUCAAAUAUUUAUGGGAUAAACCAUUCCCCUUCACUGUGGUGCAUGCAAAAAUGACUUGCUAAAAGGCUCUCAAGGUUUCUUCUGAUCUGAUCUGAUCUGUGCAGGGGCAAUCUUAUGUGUAACUAUUCCACCUUAAGGCUUAAUAAUAAAUAAAACUGAGCAUAGUUUCUUCUG